CUUCCCCCUUACCCAGCAGGAGAGGAUGAGGAAAGUCAAGAACAGGAAAGGAUUCAGUUGCUAACAGAAGUAAUGAAGAGAGACAACAACAAAUUGAUCAAAGAAAAGAUGGCCAAAACCUUUGCACACCGAAGAAAUGAAAUCAUCAACCAAUCACCCUCCAUAGAGGACAUCAGAGCCAGGUGGCCAGCUCUAUUUGAGGCAUCUAUAUCCAGGAUGAGUUCCACAGAAUCACAAUGGUGCACCUGGAACCAAAGUUCAUGUCCAAGCUGGAUGAGUACUCUCCCAGGCUUCUGAACCUCUUCCAUGCAAAGGGCGGAGCCAUGGGGUUAAAGUUGCAGACUGUCCUACUAAAGGCUCCUAGCAGUCCUACUGUCAGCAUGACCAGAGAAGUUGUCAUCAAGUGUUUUAUCUUGGGGAAUGUGCUGAGCAGCUCUUUAAAGAGUAUGAUGAUGCAGAUGAAGGCAGUGUGGCACAGGAUCUUUCUGUACAAAAGAUGAAAAUAUACAGCAUCAAGAAUAAUCUGACUGAGGGUACAAAAGACUUUGGGAUCGUGAUAGAGGGAACAAAGGUCCUCACUGUGCUGGAAAACUUUCCGAGGGUUUGUGCCAUGCUCGUUGGAUUGACAUAUGCAAUGAAUCUUGCCUCUCCCAUGGAGCUCAGGUUUUUUCUGUUUGCUGGAAUCAUCAGAAAUUUUCAUUUCAAUCUUUCACACAUUAUUAUGGCUAGCAGAUCUCAAGAGGCAUCGGAAGUUGUACGUGAUGUAAUCAAGAAGAGUCAAUUAAUAGCUUCAUCUCCUGAUGGUCCACCUGCACGAUAUCGUCUCCUCACAACCAGAUGUAAUCUUGAUCAAGACCGCUCAGUGAGAAAAUGGACAUUUGGACAGCAAGACAAAAAUAUGCAAAACAAAAUUGUACUGAUGGUCGGAGAAACUGGAACAGGCAAAACUACUCUGAUCAAUGCCAUGGUAAAUUAUAUACUUGGAGUGAAGUUUACAGAUGAAGUAUGGUUUGAGAUUACAGAAGAGGGAGAAAAUAAUCAAACCUCAGAUCAGUCACAAAGUCAAACAACUCAAAUCACUGUGUAUGAGGUCUUUGCCCAGGACAACCCAAUCUGUCUGACCAUUAUUGACACUCCAGGUUAUGGAGACACCAGGGGAAUGGAUAUGGAUAAACAGAUUGCUGAGAAUCUGUACAAACUGUUUCACAAUGAUAAUGGAGUGAAGGAACUCGAUGCAGUAUGUCUGGUAGUGAAAGCAACUGAGAAUAGACUCUCUGACAGACAGCAUUACAUCUUUGAUGCAAUUUUGUCCUUAUUUGGUAAAGACAUAAAGAACAACAUUGUCAUUUUUGUCACUCAUUCAGAUGGAAUGCCUCCAUCAAAUGUGAUGAAUGCAAUUAAGAGAGCAGGGAUUCCCUGCAGGAAAGAUGAAGAAAAUGAACCCGAGUGUUUCUUAUUCAACAAUCGUCAAUCUGAGAAAAGGAGCAAAAAGUAUAAGAAACUGCUCCAGGCUGCUUGGGAAAUGACAGAGGACACAUUAAAUGAUUUCUUUGCCUCCCUGAAAGAAGAGAACAGAAAAAGCUUAGAGCAGACUGAUAAGGUUCUGGCUGAGUCCAAACGACUUGAAGCCUGUAUUUCUAACCUGCAAAACCGUAUUGACUUUGUAGAGUGCAAAAGUAAAGAACUAGCCCAGAUUCAGAAAGCCCUUGAGGCAAACCGAGAAAAGAUUGAGAGAAAUGAAAACUUUACUUUUGAAGUCACCACAUAUUACAAAGAAAAAGUACUCAUUGAAAAUGCUUCAUGGAAGGACAGCAAGGCCACCAGUUGCUCUCAGUGUGAAGAGAACUGUCAUGAGUAUGGCUGCUGGGCUGCUUGGAAUGCUUCGCAGUGUGAAGUCAUGAAAAAUAACCACUGCACAUCAUGUAAAGGUAAAUGUCACUAUACUAAACAUGUCAGAGAGAACAAGAAAUAUGUUAGACGCAGUAGACGGACCACAAUGACAUAUGAUGAGCUCAAAAAACAAUUUGAAACUAGCAAUAAUUCAGCAUCAAAUAUCAAGUGUGAUUUAAAGUCCUAUGAAAAUGUCAAAAAUGAGUUAGAAAGCGACAAGAAACAGGAAGAGAAGAUGACAAGCAUAGAGAAGAGACUGAAAGAAGAGAUAACCAAGAAAGAAAAGGAAAAAGCUGACCUGGUGGAAGAAGCCCACAACGCCAUCAUGAAACUGUCUGAGAUAGCUUUAAAGCCAGACUCUGCUUUCAUUGUUCAAGGUCUUGACUUCUUGAUCCCUCAUGCUGAAGAAACUGGAAGAAAGAGCCUUGCAAAGAAUCUGAGGGAGCUGAGAAAAACCAUUAAACCUGAAUCAGAGGAAAGAGUUAAUGCUGCAGUGGGGUAUGCAAGAGCAGCUUUCAGUAAAGUGAAAAAUUUUUUCUGGUCAAAAUGA